GAAAAAUUCGACCCAAAUUCAAAGCAACCCGACCCGGUUCCAUUGCCAUCUCCCAGCACAACGGUUAUGUCAUUGGCUGUUCAAGGUUGAAAUGCGAGCGGGUGCGGUGACUACCCGUAGCCGCCAUACAAUGCUCCAAACAAAAGCCUCCACAAACCUGGUUUCCCGCCCAAUCAUCAUUCUUUCGAAAACCCAACUCAACAAGUUUCGACAACAAUCUUUUACAGAAAAGCUCUUAUCCCUUUUAAAAAAAUGCACAUCCAUCGGACUCUUGCAACAAAUCCACGCCCAAAUGCUCAUCAAUUCCAUCCAAAAACCGAACUUCCUUCUCUCCAAAAUCAUUGACCUCAACAACUUCGCCUACGCUUCCCUUCUCUUCUCCCAAAUCCCGCAACCCAAUGAUUAUGCUUUCAAUGUCAUGAUCCGUGGCCUUACUGCCACAUGGCAACACUAUUCUGCAACUCUUCAUUUUUAUUAUCAAAUGAAAUUUUUAGGCUUAAAACCGAAUAAAUUCACUUACCCUUUUUUGUUUAUUGCCUGUGCCAAUCUUUUAGAGCUAAGUCACGGGCAGGCAGCUCAUUCUUCGGUGUUUAAACUGGGGUUGGACGUUGAUUCUCACACUACUCACUCUUUGAUUACAUUGUAUGCUCGUUGCGGUGAAUUGGGUAGUGCUCGUAGGUUGUUUGAUGAAAUAACUGAGAGGGAUUUGGUGUCGUGGAACUCAAUGAUUUCGGGAUAUUCUAAAAUGGGGUAUGCGAGUGAGGCGGUGGGGUUGUUUGGGAAGAUGAGAGAGGAAGGAUUUGUGCCUGAUGAGAUGACGUUAGUCAGCGUCCUUGGGGCGUGUGGGGAUUUGGGGGAUUUAAGUUUAGGGAGGUGGGUGGAGAGGUUUGCUAUAGAGCAUAAGAUCAAACUGAAUUCAUUUAUUGCGUCUGCUUUGAUUGGUAUGUAUGGAAAGUGUGGGGAUUUUGUAUCGGCGAGGAGGGUCUUUGAUGGAAUGCAGGGGAAGGAUGUGGUCACCUGGAAUGCGAUGAUCACUGGGUAUGCACAAAAUGGAAUGUCAGAUGAAGCAAUAAAGCUGUUUCAUGGCAUGAAGGAUGCUAGAGUUAUCCCGGACAAAAUUACAUUGGUUGGAGUUCUGUCCGCAUGUGCCUCAAUUGGGGCCCUAGACUUGGGGAAAAGGAUUGACACAUAUGCAUCACAAAGAGGCUUACAACACAAUAUCUUUGUUUCUACUGCUUUGGUUGAUAUGUAUGCUAAGUGUGGAAGCUUGGACGAUGCACAAAGAGUAUUUGAAAACAUGCCUGUAAAAAAUGAGGUUUCAUGGAAUGCAAUGAUUUCUGCUCUUGCUUUCCAUGGGCGACCUCAGGAUGCUUUAUCACUAUUUGAGCGCAUGUCAAAAGAGGGUAGGGAUGCCUGCCCAAAUGAUGUUACAUUUGUAGGAGUACUUUCAGCAUGUGUGCAUGCAGGACUGGUUGAUGAAGGCUGGCAAUAUUUUGAAUUGAUGAACUCUUCAUAUGGGUUAACACCAAAAAUUGAGCAUUACUCUUGCAUGGUUGAUCUCUUGGCACGUGCUGGUCAACUGUAUGACGCUUGGGAUUUCAUUCAGAAGAUGCCUGAAAAACCAGAUGAAAUUGUACUGGGGGCACUACUCGGUGCCUGUCAGAAGCGCAAAAAUCUUGAUGUUGGUGAGAGGGUGAUGCAACUUCUGCUGCAAAUGGAGCCUUCAAAUUCUGGAAACUAUGUUAUCUCAUCAAAGAUAUAUGCAAAUUCAAGAAGGUGGGAUGACUCAGCAAAAAUGAGGGUGUUGAUGAGGCAGAGGGGUGUCAAUAAGACUCCUGGUUGUAGCUGGAUUGAAAUUGAAGCUCAACUUCAUGAAUUUCUUGCUGGGGAUGACUUGCAGUAUCAUUCAAUCAAGAUUCAUCAAGUCUUUGACUUGCUGAAUGCAGAGAUGAAGAGGGAAGGUUACAUUCCAAAGGUUGAUUGUCUAUAGAGAUAAAAAAAAAGUUCAGAACAUGCUUUCCUCUUAGUCUUUUCAAUAAUGAAGAAACAUACUCAGAAUUUCUUUGUUGUCAGGUUUGUUAGUUUGGGCUACUUAUUUCCAAUCUUUUAUUUUAACCUCACAAGUUGGUUAUGUUUGCAAAGUUUUCAUGGACGGCUUAUCAUCACAAAAGCAUCUGCUGCGAAGAAAUGCUGUUUUGAAGAAGCAUGUCAAUAGGUUAAUUGUUUCAGUAUUAAGAUAGUCAAAUAUCUAAAAGUACAGGUUUCUUUAAUUUAACUCUAGUAACCUUUACUCUCUCCUUAAAAUGUCGUCCUCCUGGUUCUGGCUUUUAGCCACUUCUAGCCUGUCAUCUUCUCACUUACAGAGUUAUAGUUUAUUGUGCUCUCUUAUGGUUGAUAUAUUAUUAUUUAUCUUAUUUAUGUCCAAUCUAAAUUAUUCAGUUAAAACAAUAAAGGUAGGGGAAGAUCAUGUCAUCUGGAGUUAUGGUUCUAUUAAUCGUCAACAUAGAUAGUUGUUUGUGGUCAAGGACAGCCCAAUGGUAGCCACACUUUAUCUCUAACAAGUUGGUUCUCAUUGGUUAACACUAUCUCCUAAUGUGUUUCAUCAGGAAUUGCCCAUUUUUUAAGAGCUAAGACUAAUGAGAAUAGAAGACAUGCCAUAUUUGAUACAUGUAAAAGAAAUGGCUGACUAUGUGGAUUCAAGCUUAAGCUCAGAAGUGGAACUGCUAUUUGUGGAUCUAGAACAAGAUACUCCAUAGUUGAAGACAAAAAUUCACCAGGAGUGCAGCUUAUAUUAUUUCAGAAGUUUUUCUCAUGAUUUUUCUUCUUCAAGGAAUGGGAAAUUAUCUCCUGCCAGUUGAGAAGACAAACACAUGGCAAAUAUCAAUUCCUCUAGUGAGCUGAUAAAUUCUUUGUUCUUCACACUUAUUGAUGUCAGUAGCUGCAUACCUGGCACAAAGAUCACCGUACCAACUUUAAAUGGGUAAUUUUUCAAUCAUUCUUUCUGUCACUUGUCUUUCUCCUAGGAUAUGAUUGCAAUAUGCUUAUCACGCUGCAGUUGUUUUAUUCAAUUUUACUUACUAGGAUGUUGAGGUGAAUUUGAAAUAUCUCUGAGAGUUUAUGAUGUUGACCAUUUAGGAAAGUGCAUUUUGGGGUUGGAUACAUUAUAUUUACUUCUUACCUCUGUUACUGGGAGCGAUUUUUGUUCAUAUCUGAUCCAAUCAACGUGUUUCCUUACUGGAACUGUUGGCUGGAGGCUGCCAAGUUUGAGACCUCCUGUUGAGAAAAAAUACUGAUGGAUUUACAUUUGUCUUUCUAUGUGUACUUAGAAUUCUGGAUAAGUAAUAUAUUGUCUAUAUUAAUAUUGUACAAGCACUUAACCUAUAUUGUCUAUUUAUUAAUUAAAUGGUUUUUAAAAUGUAAAACUUCUAGGAAGUUGAAUUUUGUUCUGUUUUAUAGCGGUGUCUGAAUAUGGACAUCCUCUAAUUCAUGCACUUUUUUGGCUGCACUGCAUGCAUUCUCACAAAGUAUUAUUCUAAAGGAAGGGAGAGAAACUGGUCUUGAACAAGUUAUUUUGAAACAAAACACUCAAGAAAUAAUCUGAAAUUCUCAAUCAAAUUCACCAAACCGGAAAUGUCAAUAACAAUUCUCAAGAUAAAAAUCUAAAAAUAUUUAAAGCAUAAGGCUCAAAAUUAAGCAUUCCAAUAAUUCAUCAUCUGAAAAAUACUAGAAACUGAAAUAAAGCAGGUACAUAUAGCCUAUGUCACAUGGAUUCAUCACUUUACCCUAAGUUCCUUAGGUAAAAAUGUCUGAUACUUCUCGGACACUUUAAAUUUAUAUGGGUAUGAUGCUUGGAACCUUUAAGGUAGGGCAAAAAAUUGCCAAAAACAUGACAUACCUGUGUUCGAAACACUGAGUCCUUGUAACAUAACUUAUAGCUAAAUUGCAAACUCUACUAUAAACUUAGACCAAUAUAACUCUAUUGUCCUGAAACUUGAAAUAAUUAGAAUACAAAUAAUACUAUAAAAUAACUCAAAAAAUCUAAAUCCUAAAUAUAUGCAACAAUUACAAGCAAAGCCAAAAAAUAUCACAAAGUAGCAAAAGAAAAUCUUACAUUAUAUACAGCCUCAGCAUCUUUCCAUCUUGCAUCAGACUCCCAGUGGGCACUUGCUGCUGAGGCUCAAGCUUUGUCUCAAACAAUUCAUUGUUGUGUUCUCUAAUAGUUUGUUACACUAUCAGAACAUCACAAAUUCUGGGGCAGUUUGCUUUGUUCCUAAGUUCCUACUGAGCUUUGCUUAUGUAUUUCUGCUCAGAAUAUUGAAAGGCCAAUACUGUAAUACAGUAAAACCAUGUUGAUUUACAACAGGUGGUUUCUAUAUUUAUGAUACCAUAUGAAUGUCUUCUCGCUAGAGUACUUGGAUUUAUAUUCUGCUUCAGAUGGCUUCUUGGUUAUACGGUAGUCUGCUUGGUCAGCAAGGAUCAUGUUGGAGAUGCUAUAAAAUAACCUUUCCACCAAAUCCCUUCUUGUCUACAGAAUUUUGGUUUGCCAGUUUUAUUCAUCCUGAUUCUUGUCUUGAGAUUUGUUUAGCUCCAAUUAUAAGAAUGAAGGUCCAUCUCGAAUGGUAUCCAGUGGGUACUAGUGCUAAGUAUCUCCUAAAUUUUUUGUUGUUUCUUCGUUAAAUUUCCUGGAAAUUUCAUUUUCAUCAUGCUGAGUAUGAAGGUUAAUCUGGUCCCAGGAGUCCAAAAGUGUACAAAAGUCAAAAAGUGUGUAUUCUAUUAGUACAAUGUUAAGGAAUCCGGUUGGAGAAUAGCUUCCACCCCUUAUCUGCAUGCAUUUACUAAACUGUAGUUCUUUGUUGGUUCCAGGGUAACUAAACAAGUUCUGUUUCACACUGGUGGGGAAGAGAGGUCAUUUGUGUUAUCAGCUAUACUGCUUAUUUUUAUUGCUAGUAAUUGGGCAGGGGAUUCUGUAUCUGUGUGAUGAAUGAUAGCAUCAAGGAAAAGAUGCACAAAAUCAUGAUGAUUAUGAAAUUCAAACAGCACAAAUAAUAGAUUCUAACUUCAAUU